AUGGCAAAGGGUCGAAAAUUUACAAGUAAUCAAAGUGAACGAUUUUUGGGUAGUUCUAGUUACAAUAAUGGCCGAGAAACAGUUGCAGGUGGAUCAGAGCUACAAGAAGAUGAAGUUUGGUCAAUGGUCGAUAAUCACUUGGCUAACGGGGAUUGGAAUUCACGAGCCGCCGUCGAUGGUAAUGCAAGUUUCAGUAGUCAUCGGAGUUUCCGGCACCCGCCCACCGCCAACCACCCCCAGCACCGCCGCCAAGUCGGAGGGCUGUCUUUGGCUUUUGCUGAAUCGAGCAAAACGUCAUCAACCAUGGUCGUGCACCAAAUCCGUGGACAGGACAGCGUGGAGGUAUCACCACGUGGGCGGUAUGUGGCUACCUCGGCCCCAGUGAAUGUGCCGGAUUGGUCCAAAAUUUAUCGAGUUGACUCGUUCGAGUCGAUGCAUGACUCGGACGAUGGCUUGGAGGCCGGUGAAUCCGAGUUGUUUCCGCCUCAUGAGUACCUGGCUCGUGUAUAUGCAGGGAGCCGGAACAAUUCAGUUUUCGAGGGUGUGGGUCGAACGCUAAAGGGACGGGACUUGAGUCGAGUUCGUGAUGCUGUAUGGAGCCAGACUGGGUUCGAUGAGAUCUACUCAAACUUCUUCAUCAACAAAAUUGGAAGAAAAUUUGGGCAAAGAAAGUGCAAGAUGGACAUUAUAUCCCAACUACAAGAACAAGUAAACACUAUAGCAGCAAUUUCAUUCAAUAUCGUUGGGACACUUCAAAGAGACGCCCCUCCAGUUCGGCUAUCGCCUAAUUAUCCUGAGCCUCCCAAGAAUGCCAGUGGCACGGAUGAGACGACAAAUCUGGCAGAUCAACCCAAGACAAUGAGUUCUGAAUUAGUGAAAGCUGCAAAGCAGUUCGAUGUGCUGGUUGCUGCAAUUCCGUUAUCUGAUGGAGAUGAUGAGGAAGCUCAACUGAAAAGAAUUGUAGAACUCCAGGCUGAAAAUGAUGCAAUAGGCCAAGAACUUCAAAAGCAAUUAGACGCUGCAGAGAAGGAACUAAAGCAGGUUCAGGAGUUGUUCAGCCAGGCAACAGACAACUGCCUGAACUCGAAAAGGCCAGAAUGA